UUUUUUUUUUUUUUUUGGUUAGUCUGUUUUUUUUCGGGUUGUUUGUUUUUGUUUUUAUUUUCUCGGUGUUUUUUUUACUUAAUGUAAGGAUUAAUUUAGUAAAAAAGAUUAUCAACGAAAUUUUUCUCGUUUGCUGCAUGAAGAAUCAAUUAAAAGAUUAAAGAUUGGCGAAAAAAAAAGGAAAAAAAGAAACAUUACUUUCUCAUUUCAAGGACACUGAUGAUGACUGAACAAAAAAAGUAUUAAUAAAUUCUUUGAAAUUUUCAUUCGUCAAAUGAUUCGAAUGAUGAUGGAUCAAUCGAAGAAGAAAAAAGUAUUUUUUCAUUUUCAACAAUAUUGGCCAUCAUUAUCAUCAAAAAUGUUAAAGAAAUCUUUGUUACUAUUAAUAUUAUUUAUUUACUAUGUCCAUUCGAUUAACUGUGAUGAAACGAAUUCGAAUGAAAUUUUAUCACAAUCACCGUCAUUGAUACAAAAUUUGUCCAAAACACCAUUAUCAUCUAGUCAAACAACAAUUGUGCCAAUUGCAACAACGAUAACAUCGAUCAAUAAUUUAUCUUUAAUCAAUUCUUCGACGAUAAUUUCCAAUUCUACGUUGCAAAUGCCGACCUUAAUUCCCGGUUUAAAUGAUUCUAUCGUUGCAAAUCAAACAACAAAUUCAACUCAAAAUAUUAAUAAUGCAACUUCUUCGACUAGUCAACAAACACCGUCAACGCAAUCCUCAUCGAUUGAUCCAAAUCUGCCGCAUAAAGGUGCAGCAGAAGAAGAACGACAUUCAUCGAUGGCAAUAUUUUUCGUACUAUCGGUUAUUGCAUCCUGUAUAUUUCUAAUUCAUUUUAUAUUGAAAACAAAAUUUCAAUAUAUUCCUGAAAGUUUAGCGGUUGUAUUUUUAGGUGCCGCUAUUGGAUUAGUAAUGAAAAUGUCCAGUCAAAAUCUUGGUGAUUGGAAGAAAGAAGAAACGCUAAGUCCAACAAUGUUUUUCUUAAUUCUUUUGCCACCAAUCAUUUAUGAAUCUGGUUAUACAUUACAUAAGGGAAAUUUUUUUCAAAAUAUUGGUUCGAUUUUAGUAUUUGCAAUAAUCGGCACUUCAAUUUCUGCAUUCAUCAUUGGUGGUGGUAUCUAUAUUCUUGGUGCAAUCAAUUUAGUUUAUCGAUUAAGUUUUACCGAAAGUUUUGCAUUCGGAUCAUUGAUAUCAGCAGUUGAUCCUGUUGCAACAUUGGCUAUAUUUCAUGCCCUUAAUCUAGAUCCAAUACUGAAUAUGUUGGUUUUUGGUGAAAGUAUUUUGAAUGAUGCUGUUGCAAUUGUAUUGGCUACUACUGCAUUAGAAUUAAAUCAUUUAGAUGAUACAGUAUCAGGUUCAGCAGCCAUUUUCAAUGGAUUUGUACGUUUUUUUAUUGUAUUUUUUGGUUCAGCAUUUAUUGGUGCUUCAUUUGCAUUGUUGGCUGCAUUAGUUUUUAAAUAUAUUGAUCUAAGGAAACAUCCAUCACUGGAAUUUGGUAUGAUGUUAAUAUUAAUAUAUGCACCUUAUGGUUUAGCUGAAGGUCUACAUCUUUCCGGUAUUAUGGCCAUCCUAUUCAAUGGUGUUGUUAUGUCACAUUAUGCACAUUUUAAUCUAUCACCAGUUACACAAAUUACAAUGCAACAAACAUUACGUACAUUGGCAUUUAUUGCUGAAACAUGUGUGUUUGCCUAUCUUGGAUUGGCUAUAUUUAGUUUUAAAAUGAAAAUUGAAUGGUCAUUAAUAAUAUGGUCAAUAUUGCUUUGUUUAAUUGGUCGAGCUUUAAAUAUUUAUCCACUUUCAUAUUUGGUUAAUUAUUUUCGUGAACAUAAAAUCUCCAGGAAAAUGAUGUUUGUAAUGUGGUUUAGUGGUUUACGUGGUGCUAUUGCUUAUGCAUUAGCACUACAUUUAGCAUUUGAAGAAGAAAAACGUCGUGUUAUUGUAACCACAACAUUGAUUAUCGUAUUAUUUACCAUUAUUAUUCUGGGUAGUUCAACAAUGCCUGUAUUAAAAUAUAUGAAUCGAAAUAAACAUCAACAACGUAUUAAUCGUAAAGGUCGUCGAUGUCGUCGUCGUGGUGGUAUUUCCAAAUCCAAAUCAAAUAAUCGUUUAAUAACAUUAAGUAAAACACAAGAAAUGGGACAAGCAAUUGAAACUGAACAUUUAUCCGAAUUAACUGAAGAAGAAUUAGAAGUUAGUUAUCGUAAUGAAUCAAAUCUGAAAGGUUUUGUUCGUUUUGAUGCAAGAUAUUUGAUGCCUCUGUUUACAAGAAUUUUUACCGAUCAGGAAGUAAAAGAUUGUAAAUCACAAAUGACUGAUCUAACUAAUCGUUGGUAUCAAACUGUACGACGACCAUCCGAAUCGGAUGAAGAUGAUGAUGAUGAUGAAAGAGAUAAUCUUUAUGAUUAUACAGAUGAUGGUGAUGAUGAUGAUGAUUUAUUUGAUGAAAAUAAAAAUCAUAACCGUUAUUUUAUCGAUAUUGAUGGUGAUGAUGAUGAUGAUGGAAUAUUUGCCGAUGUUGAAGAAGGUAGUGUUGGCCGUAAACAUAAAAAACAACGUCGUCAACAAAACAAUGUCAAUUCGGAAAAACAAUCAUUAUGUAACAAGGACAGCAACAAAAAACAUUUAUUUAAAAAAGAAUCAUCCAAUAGAUCAACGACGACGACGAAU